AUGAACACAGAUGUCCUCUUUAACAUUCCAAACCGAAUCAGCUACAUCCGCAUCAUCCUCUUGUUUCUGAGCAUAUUCCUCGACAACAAUUUUUUUCUGCUUGUUUAUUCUAUUUCAAUAUCAUUUGAUUUAAUUGACGGUUCAAUUGCACGAUACUACAGGCAAACCAGCAGGCUAGGUGCCUGUCUCGAUAUGUACACCGAUCUCACGAGCACCACCAUUAUAGUGUGCAAGAUAUUGGAGAGGGCGCCAUCAACAAUUCUCAUAGUAGCGCUGUUUGUCGAUUUGAUCUCGCAUUUGAUGCUCUUCGCGAAUGCGAUGGCGGAAAACGUUUCGCACAAAAAUCCAAAGCUGAGGUUGCUUAAAAUAUACUACAACAUAGUAGUUCUCGUUUCACUGUGUGCCGGAACAGGAGUGUAUCAUAUGUUAUUGUACCUAGAAACGUACAGAAACGUGAACGGGAAGGUAACGCUCGUGUUUUUUGUAUUUUUCAUUUUGAGAUCGUUUUUCAAUGUUCUACGUUUUGUUGAAGGAGUGACACGGUUGAGUGACUUGAAAUGAUCUGCUAAUUCUGAUUUUGAUGUCGAGGUGGUAUUGGUGAGUGCAAUCUGCGGUAAAAACAAGAUUAAACAAAUUUUGC